UCUCUCCCUACUUCUUCGUACCAUAAGAGCGGCGACCUGCUGCCGCCUUCUUGCUCUUAAACCUUUCCCUACUUCUCAGCCGGAGAGUUGAAACACAGCCACUCUCCUCCUUCUCGUCCUCCCUCCUCCUCCUCUUCCUUCGGGUUUCUUCUCCGGCGAACUGCCCUCGGCAGACUGAAUUCUACUGAUAUUGGACAGAGGAAUUCACAGUUACACCUCAAAUUUGGAAUCUUUGAGUGGUCUGCGAUUGCGCCGAUUAGUCCUCGAACUCUGGGACCGUGGGGUGCCUUGUCAGUGCUCUUAGAUUUAUCCAGCAGAGAUGGCAACGGUUGCUCAUGCUAAUGCCGUCAAGUCUCUCAACAAGUCUUCUGGCCGACGGCGCUUUGUGUUCAAAACAUUCUCUCAGAGAUUGGAAGAGAUCGAGAUUGAUGUUUAUAAGAGUCUUGAUAAUGUUAAGUCGGAACCAUCUGAGGGGUCAUCCUUUUUCAAGGACUGCCUCAUUGAAUGGAGGGAAUUAAAUACUGCCGAGGAUUUUAUUUCAUACUACGAGGAGAUCAUGCCUCUUGUUCAGACAUUGCCAUUGGUGCUUUUAAACAAGGAGAUCCUUUUCUCAAAGCUUGUUUCGAGAUUACAAAUGAAGGCGAGGCUAUCGCUUGAGCCCAUCCUUAGGUUGAUAGCCGCCUUAUCUAGAGAUCUUCUAGAAGAUUUUGUCCCUUUUCUUCCGAGGGUUGUUGAUUCAUUAGUUUCUCUCCUCAAAAGUGGUGCUGACAGGGAAGCGGAGAUUAUUGAGCAGAUUUUUUCGUCAUGGUCGUACAUUAUGAUGUAUCUGCAGAAAUAUCUAAUACGGGAUAUAAGGCAUGUUCUCAAGGUUACCAUAAAAUUGAGAUACUAUCCCAAAGAUUAUGUCCAAGAGUUUAUCGCUGAGGCAAUGUCAUUCUUGCUGAGGAAUGCUCCUGUUGAACAACUUAUCAAAGGUAUACGAAAGAUCAUGCUAGAAGUCAUGAAGAAGCCUUCAAGCUCUAGAAAAACCGGAGCUAGUGCCCUGUUAUGUCAUGCUAUGAGAGGAACCUCACUAAAGUUUCAUUCAAGGGCAGAAAGGGUAUUGCGAUUAUUGAUGGACAAAUCAAUCUUCAGUAUUGGUGAUAACAUCAACCAAGGAGCAGAUGCUAUAAUUGAAGUUACAUCUUCUGCCUUUGAGAGACUAUGUGAAGAAUUGGAGCCUGGGGAGUUGAAGUUGAUGAGAAACUGCUUAUAUGAUGAAAUAGAUGACAGUAUAGCCGACCAAAGCCUUUCGCAUGCCAGUAGGCUGUUGACUUUACUGAUAUCUACCCUCCAGUUCAAUAGUGCACAUGAGGCUUUAGAUUAUGGCCCCUUGCUUGAACUUGUUCCGAAGAUUGUUGGAUCAUUCGCGUCUCUCAGUUCAGAAGAUGGAUCCUCCAGUGUAUUAGAUAAUGUUCUAAACUUGAUGCUUAAAAUUCUUUCCGGGCUGAAUAAUUCUGGUAAUUUGCCCGCUCUAACAUCCUGUCCCCAGAAAUGGGCUCCUGUGUUUCAGUUGCAGAACUUGAGUUUGUUGAAUUUUAUUCGGGAAUUGCUGUCAGAGGACGUUUACAUACUGCAACUAUUCAAGGUUGAUAUUAUUAGAUUGCUUGAUAAUUUAAUCGAAUCCAACACAGAGGAGGUAAUUUAUCUUCUGACAUGCUUCUGUGAGAAAAUGGAAGCAAAAAUGUUGCACUUUAACCUUCUCGAAGGGAUAACUGGAGGAGGAGUUUCAAGAAUCCGUUUUUUAAUUGGAAAGCUUAUGAGCUACUGGAGUGGAUUGCCAUGUGACAAAAGCUCAAACAUAGAAGUUGAUGAGACUAAAUUGGCCCUGCUUUGGGGAGCGAUACGUUGCUUUCCUCAUAUAUUUGAUAAUCAAGAAAGUCUCCACUCAUUGAUGGCUCUGAUUGAUGCUUUUGAUCAGCUUCUAAUGGCUGAGGAUGAUAAUUUCCGAGGUUUCUCAAGGAACACCUGGCAAAGCUUGAUUGGAGGUGCCUUAAAUUCCUACAACAAGCUUCACUGUGGUUCUCUUGGUCUGGAAGAUGCGAAUAAGUUCAUCCAACUAGCAAAGAGACACUACUCAUGUCGGCAUGUGUUGCUCGCUUCUUCUGAUUGUCUGGAUUCAAUUUCUGGGUCCAUUACACAAACGGGGAUGCCUAGGGAACUUGAUGAAAAUGUCCUCUAUGGACCCAGCAAAUUUACUGAAAAUUUGUGCCACUCAGACAAGGGAAUUCGCAUUUCAACUUUAAAAAUAUUGUGCCACUUCAAAAUGCUUAGCGGUGAAAUAUCUGCAACCAAUCAAUCUGCCGGGAUUGACAUAACCAAUGGAACAUCAGAGACUUGCCAAGUCCUCAAUCAGGGUGCUGAUGUUCUUCCACUCCUCCUAUCAAUAGAGCAGACUCCUCUGAUGAUUGCAACCAGUAGAAAAGUUAUCUGUUUGAUCUCUAAGAUACAGAUGGAUAUAUCUGCAGGAAGGAUAUCUGAAACAUAUAUAACAGUGCUUCUGUAUGCCAUGAUUGGUAUAUUCCAGAACCGAUUUAGUUAUAUCUGGGACCCAGCAUCCGAGUGCCUGUCUGUUCUAAUUAGCAAGCAUACUGGCACGUUGUGGGAGAAGUUUAUUUGUUACUUUGAAGAUUGCCAAUCCACUUUCCUCUGUUCUCAUAAUCGUGAGGAGGAAGCGAAUGACGAAUCAUCUGUGAAAUCUAGUGACUUGGUGAAACAUUUCAACUCGUUUGUUAAUCCUGCAUUGGGGAGCACACCACAAGAUUCGUUGUUAUCAUUGUUGAUCCAGUCCUUGCAAAAGAUUCCAACAAUCUGUGAAGCCCGAUCUCGACAGCUUAUCCCUCUCUUUUUGAAGUUUUUGGGUUACAACAGCGAUGAACUUUCAAGUGUGGAUUCUUAUAACUCACGUACAUGUAAGGGUAAAAGGUGGAAGGGUGUUCUUAAGGAGUGGCUGAACUUAAUAAAAUCCGUCCGGAACCCUAAAUCCUUCUAUCGGAGUCAAUUCCUCAAAGACGUUCUGCAGAUUAGGCUUCUUGAUGAAAAUGAUGCUGAAAUUCAGAUGAAGGUUCUUGAUUGUCUGCUGUUGUGGAAGGAUGACUUUUUGCUGCCAUAUGAACAGAACUUGAAGAACUUGAUCUGUUCGAAAAACUUAAGAGAGGAACUGACAACAUGGAGUCUAUCUUGUGAGUCCAGUCUAAUUGAAGCUGGUCAUAGAGCUUAUAUAGUUCCUCUAGCUGUGCGUAUUUUGGCACCUAAAGUAAGAAAGUUGAAGACACUUGCCUCGCGAAAGCAUGCCAGUGUGCAUCAUCGGAGGGCAGUUCUCAGUUUCUUAGCUGAACUUGACACCACCGAGCUUCCUCUCUUCUUUAAAUUGUUGAUAAAGCCCCUGCGAGUUAUUUCACUUGAACCCAAUGAGGGUAGCAAUUGGUGUCAGUCCCCUGGAAGCAUUUCUUUGGAUGAUUCUGUAACCAUGGAGUUCUUGAAGUACUUCACCACGGAUAAUAUAGUGGCUCUCUCUUGGAAGAAGAUAUCUGGUUUCUUGCAUGUAGUUGAGGACGUCCUUGGAACCUUUGAUGAGUUCCAUCUUGGACCGUUCCUUAAUCUGCUUAUGGGAAUUGUUGUCAGGAUAUUGGGUUGCUGCACUUUUUGUCUUGAUGGAGCAAAAGGCAUUUAUUCAUCCUCUGAGGAUAUGUCAGCCAGUGUUAAACAGACUAUGGAUGAUGCUGGUGAAGCUGGAACUCAUACUCUGAUGAGGGCAUCAGCAAAGCAGCUGAAGGAUGUGAGGUCUUUCUGCCUGAAGAUUGUUUAUGCUGUAUUGAAUAAGUAUGAAGAUCAUGAUUUUGAUUGUGAGUUCUGGGACUUGUUCUUCACAUCGGUGAAACCACUAAUCAACAACUUCAAGCAGGAGGGGUCAAGCAGUGAGAAGCCGAGUUCUCUGUUUUCUUCUUUCCUGGCAAUGAGUAGAAGUCACAGACUUGUUUCUCUUCUCUAUCGGGCACAGAAUCUAGUCCCAGAUAUAUUCUCGAUCUUGACCGUCAGUACUGUGUCUGAAGCUGUUGUGUCUGGUGUUCUGAAAUUCAUUGAGAAUCUCCUAAACCUUGAGAAUGACUUUGGUGAAGAAGAUAACAGCGUACGAAGUCUUUUGCUUUUGAACCUGGAAACGCUAAUCUGUAGUCUGCAUUCUCUUUUCAUGGGUAAUAAUGUUCUCAAGAGGAAAUUGAUCAAACGUUCAGGGGAGACUCAAAUUAAAAUUUUCAAGUCAUUAUCAAAAUUCGUGAAGGACCCGCUGCUAGCAAGGAAGUUCCUUGAUAUUUUAUUAUUAUUCUUAUCAAAGGAAACUCAUAAUUCAGAUCUCUGCGUGGAUGUUCUGCAAGUAGUCAGAGACAUUGUACCUGUAGUACAGAGCGAUACUAGCACUGAGAUUCUACAUGCAAUUUCUCCUCUUCUAACCCAUGUUGAAACGGAGAAGCGAUCAUCUAUAUGUGAUCUCCUUGUUGCUCUUGCUGAGAACAACCCUUCUAUGCUCAAGGCUGGGAAACUUGUGCGUGAACUAAAUUCUAUUUCAGCCAUGGAAGCAGAUCUUGAUUAUGAUACUAUUAUCGGUGCUUAUGAGACGAUCACCACUGAUUUCUUCUCUUCCGUGAGGGAGGAACAUGCAUUACUUGUUUUAUCGCAGUGUGUGCAUGAUUUGUCGUCCACUGAACUGAUUCUAAGAGACAGCGCAUACAGAUCUUUGCUUGCAUUGAUCGAUUUCUGUGCACAAAUUGUUGACCGUGAGGAGAAAGAUAACCAAGAAGAGCCUGAAGCCAUGGUUGUUGUUGAAAACUGUUUCUGGGACAAGUCAUCUGUUCAUAGGGUUGUGGAAAAGUUUCUUAUGAAGCAUAUUGGCGAAGCAAUGAAGAAGGGAGCGCCUAGCAGAAAGGAAUGGAUUGAUUUGCUCUGGAAUAUGGUCGUGAAACUUCCUGAGGUGGCAAAUCUGAGUUCCUUGAAGCCCUUAUGCAGUGAAGAUGCUGAAGUGGACUUCUUUAACAACCUAAUUCACCUGCAGAAGCACAGAAGGGCUCGAGCAUUAUCUCGCUUUAGGAAUGUUAUGGGUACGAGCAACAUAUCUGAGGCUAUCCUGGAAAGUAUAUUUGUCCCAAUGUUCUUCAAUAUGUUGUUUGAUGUUCAACACGGGAAAUUAGAGCAUAUCAGAAAUGCUUGCCUGGAGGCCCUCGCUUCAAUUGCCGCAAAAGUGGAGUGGAAGUCAUACUAUGCCCUUCUCAUUAGAUGCUUCAGGGAGAUUUCGCUUGAUGCACAGAAGCAAAAGGUGGUCCUUCGGCUAAUCUGCUCAAUUUUGGAUCAGUUUCACUUUAUGAAAACAUUUUCAGAUCAAGGACCUGAGUUGGACCAUGCUUCAGAUGAUCUUAACAGUGGAUCUGCUUCUUAUACAUUGAGAAAAUGCAGUUCUAUUACGUUCACUGACAUUCAGGCCUCCCUCCUGAAAUCCGUGCUUCCCAAGUUGCAGAAGCUACUGAACUUGGACAGUGAUAAGGUUAAUGUGAGCAUCAAUCUCGCUGCGCUCAAGCUGUUGAAGCUGCUUCCUGGAGAAAUAAUGGAAGCACAACUUCCUAGUAUUAUUCACCGAGUGUCAAAUUUCCUGAAGAGCCGUCUUGAGAGUAUUCGUGAUGAAGCAAGGUCAGCUUUAGCGGCUUGUUUGAAGGAGCUGGGUGUCGAUUACUUGCAUUUCAUUCUCAAGGUUCUGCAAGCGACUCUUAAAAGAGGAUUCGAGGUCCAUGUUUUGGGGUACACAUUGAACUUCAUGUUGUCGAAGGUCCUUAAUGACACGCGUAAGGGGAAGUUGGACUAUUGUCUGGAAGACCUUCUCUCAGUAGUAGAGAAUGACAUCCUUGGAGAUGUCUCCGAAGAAAAGGAGGUGGAGAAGAUUGCCUCGAAAAUGAAAGAGACAAAGAAGCGGGUUUCAUACGAGACCUUAAAAAUGAUUGCCCAGAACAUUACUUUCAAAAGCCAUGCAUCGAAGCUGCUCUCUCCUGUCACAGCUCACAUGCAGAAGCAUUUGACACCCAAAAAGAAGGUGAAGUUGGAGAACAUGUUGAGCCACAUUGCUGCUGGAAUUGAGUGCAACCCUUCUGUUGAGCAGACUGACCUAUUUGUUUUCAUAUACAGCCUCAUAGAAGAUGAUUUAAAUAAGGAAAAGGGUCAGACUCAUGAGAAGAACAUUGAGGGCAAAGAAAUUCCUCCAGCCCGGGUCAUUGGAGGUGACUCACCAAGUUCGCAUAUGAUCACUUUUUUUGCACUCAGGCUGCUUCUUACACGUCUAAAGAACUUAAAGCUUGAUAGAAAUGAUGCGUUGCUCCUGUCAAUGUUGGACCCUUUCAUCGUGCUCUUGUGUAAAUGCUUGGGUUCAAAGUACGAGGAUAUAUUAUCCGCUUCUCUUCGAUGCUUGAUCCCUCUGAUCAGGUUGCCGUUGCCGUCUCUCGAGCCUCAAGCUGAUAAAAUUAAAGCAGCACUAUUAAGUAUUGCCAACAGCACCGCAAACAGCGGUAAUCCAUUAAUGGAAUCUUGUUUAAGGUUGUUGACUGUCCUCCUGCAGAGUAUGCACAUUAGCCUCUCUUCUGAACAGUUGCAUGUGCUGAUUCGGUUUCCGAUGUUUGUUGAGCUUGAGAGGAACUCUUCCCCAGUUGCACUCUCUCUUCUCAAGGCUAUCAUUCACAGAAAGUUAGUUGUUCAUGAGAUAUAUGAUGUUGUGACACAAGUGGCAGAGUUGAUGGUGACAAGUCAAGUUGAGUCUAUCCGUAAGAAGUGCAGUCAAAUUUUGCUGCAAUUUUUACUUGAUUAUCCUCUCUCACAAAAGCGGCUGCAACAACAUCUAGAUUUCCUGCUGUCAAACCUGAGGUAUGAGCACUCAUCUGGCAGAGAGGCUGUGCUUGAGAUGCUUCAUGCAGUUGUGGUUAAGUUCCCCAAAAAUGUUUUGGACGAGCAGGCGAAGACGAUUUUUAUUGAUCUGGUGCUUUGCUUGGCCAAUGAUCAUGAUAAUAAAGUUCGCUCCAUGACAGGUGCAGUGAUCAAGCUUUUAGUAGGUCGUAUAAGCCAGCCUGGGCUCAAUUCUAUUCUUGACUACAGCUUAUCCUGGUAUCUGGGUGAGAAGAAGCAACUUUGGGGUGCUGCAGCACAGGUUCUAGGUUUACUGGUGGAAGUCAUGAAGAAGGCCUUCCAAACUCACAUCUCAAGCAUCUUGCCGGCGACCAGAAGUAUCUUACAUUCUGCUGUUAAUGCAAUUGCAAAUCACGAACUUGAAGUUUCUGAAAAGGCAACACCGCCUCUUUGGAAGGAGGCAUAUUAUUCGCUGGUCAUGUUGGAGAAGAUUCUCCAGCAGUUUCCACAUCUGAGCUUGGUUCCGGAACUUGAGGACACGUGGGAAUUAAUUUCAGAGCUUCUACUGCACCCCCAUAUGUGGGUCCGCAACAUCACGAGCCGUCUGGUGGCCUUCUACUUUGCAACCAUGACCGAGGCAUGUACAGGGGACAACAAAAGUCUCUUACAGAACUACUUUCUCAUGAGGCCGAGUAGACUCUUCUUCAUCACCGUUUCCUUGUGUUGUCAACUGAAGAACCAACUCUCUGAUGACUCAGCUGCAAGCGUCAUCACUGAGAAUCUCAUAUUUGCACUCUGUAGUCUGCAUUCCUCAAUGGGAUGUAUGGAACCUGAGGCUUCGCAAAAGUUUUGGUCUUCAAUUGGACAUGAUGACCAAGUUAGAUUUCUCAGAGCAUUCCAGUUGGUCGACCCGGGAAAGGGAAGAGCUACGUUUCUGUAUCUUAAUUCGGAGAUGGGCAAUCACUCCAGUGAAGGCCCCUAUGGGGAUGUUCGAUUUUUGCUAGUUCGGAUUUUGUUCAAAACAAUGGGGAAGAUUGCCCUUCAGAUGGAGCCUGUUCAGAUGAAAAUUGUAUUUAAUACUUUCCUGAAGUUCACUUCCCAAAUCAGUGGUCAAGAGUCUUUGCCUUAUUCGGAUCAAUUACUUAUACCAGUCUUCAAGGUUUGCGAAGGACAUUCCGGGAAGGUUAUACCUGAACCCUCAAAGCAGUUCGCCCAAGAAAUCUCGGAAUCUCUGAGGAACGCCUUCGGAAUAGAGAAUUUUGUUCGGGCAUAUGCCCAGAUAAGGAAGGACUUCAAGGACAAGAGGGACAAGAGGAAGCGGGACAAGAAGCUCCUAGCGGUCGUGGACCCUGAGAGGAAUGCAAAACGGAAGCUCAGGAUCGCUGCCAAGAAUCGUGCCAAUAAGAGACGCAAGAUCAUGUCCCUGAAAAUGCAGAGGUGGAUGCGGUAACAGCAAAAGGAUGGAAAGAAAGAGAGCUGAGGUACAAUUCCAACUUUCGGCCUCCCUCGAUUUGAUUUGAUCGGAUGUGACUGGUCUACUCGUCUGUAAAAGAUUGUAUAGGGUUCUUAGAAGUGAGUGUGCUCUGCUUUGUAAGACAUGUAACUGCUGGUUCGUUUUUCGGCUGGCAAAAAAUUUUGGUUCUAACUUAAUAGUGAGGAAAUGUAUAUAAUUCGAUCACUUAAUCAUCGUUAAGAUUCUUUUGGGCA